UAGCGCAGACUGUUAUAAAUUCUGUUGAUUUAAUGUGUCUUCGUGGACAGAUAGGAGUUGUGUAGUAAUUGAAUACAAGGGCUUGCAUGUCUAAUAUCGAAAUGAAAAAGUCUCGCGUGAAAAAGGCAGCGAAGAAACCCCUGUGGCAGUUCUGUAAAGAGAAGUUUGUGGAGUUCUGCAAAAGGACAGAUUUACAUGGGUUCAAGUACAUCGUGAUGGAAGACUUGAAUGUUGCGGAGAGGAGUAUUUGGGCUGUUGCUGUAGUGAUAAGUAUUAUAUGCGCCGCUUAUUUCGUCAUAACAGCCUACAGAUGGUAUGCCAGGAACCCUAUUGUAACGGUGAUAGAGAGUACGCAGGGUGCGAUUUGGGACGUGCCUUUCCCGUCGGUGACCGUCUGUGACCUGAACAUCAUAUCACGUCGGGCAGCCAGAGCUUUCUCUUACAACUUGACUCUACCGAACAAUGUGACAGCGGAUUUUGUGUUUGAAACUCUACGAAUAGCUCCGCUCCUACACUCCAUAGUUUUUGCUGACAGCACUCAGAAGCAGGCUUUACAUAAACUACAAGAUGUAUUAGAUAUGAACGACAUAACCAUGGAAGGGUUAUUCCAAAAGCUGUCACCAGCUGCAUCAUGCAACGACCUAGUGGAGCGGUGCAUGUGGAAGACGACCAUCUACCGCUGCGAGCAGCUGUUCCAGCAUGUCAUGACGUCCAUCGCUCUGUGCUGCACCUUCAACUACUUCGCCGUUGAUACUGACAUCAACGCCGGCUUGAUACGAAUGUCGGCUCCGAGGCGGGUCGCAUCGUGCGGCUACCAGACCGCACUUACAGCGCUGCUACGUACCGACCCCUCCGAUUACUACAGCAGCGAUGUAGCGUCCUUUGGAGCUUUGGUGUUCAUAGACAACGCUUACAACUGGCCGGACCUGGACACACCGGUUCGUCUGGUCAACCCAGCCACUGAGGUGCUCAUCGCUUUGUCUCCCGAGAGGACUUACUCUACACCUGGGAUUAAGUCAUUCUCUCCUAAGCAACGGCAGUGUUAUUAUAACGAUGAGGUUAAAAUAGGCGACUUCAACCAAUAUUCGUUUCACAACUGCAUGGCAAUUCAAAAGAUCGAAAUCCUUAAGAAGUACUGCGAAUGCGUCCCAUUCUUCUUCCCGAUGAAAGGUACCAUUCGGGUGUGCAAUUUCCGUGACAUUGAAUGUGUGGAGCACGUUCUACGGCCAAUAAUAAACGGCGAGGACAUAGACGAAGAGAUAAUGUCGAAUCUAAACUGUCUACCGGAGUGUGAACAUUACGACUAUAGGCUGGAAGUGGCGUUGGGGAAGCUGGCGAGGAACACGCCUCUCAGUGGAAUACCUUUCUAUGAUAAUAUAAACCUGGAGAACCGUUCUGUCUUAAACGUGUUCUUCAACGACCUGGUGUCGACCAGGUACCGCCGUGAUGUCUACCUCAACUGGCAAAAUAUAUUGGCUGCUUUUGGCGGUCUUCUCAGUUUGAUGCUGGGCUUCACCCUGGUCUCAGGGUUCGAUUUCUUGAUGUUCUUCGUACUUCAAGUGGCUUAUGAGUUCAUAACACAGGUAGCUUCGAACCACCAAGAGCAAAAUGUGAUAAACGUAAGAGAGAAAACGAUAAAGUUUGGUAAGACAUCGUACGGUAUUCGUCGUAACUUAGAUUCGGAGACUCGCAGGUAUUAGGAAGAAAUUGUAAUUGAAGACGUAAUGGAAGAAGUAACUAACAUUUAUUGAAGAUGUCCGUUUCUUACAUAAAUGGAGGUCCCAACCUAUUCUAUGAAUUGCAAUUAAUAU